AUGAUGUGAGCCGCUGAAGUCGCAGAGCCACUCCACUCCGCGUUUUGCCCUGCCCUUGUGUUGCUGCUCUGGUCGCGGCGCAUCGCGUCUCCACUGCAUUUCGCCUCCUUCCUCUCACAGUGACACAGAAACGCAGGGGCUCACGCGUGUAUCUGUGUCUCGCGCUCUCUCUCUCUCUCUCUCUCUGGCGCGCGCGUGUGUGUGUAUGUGUUGCUGUGUGAGAGUGAACGCGCUGAAGAAGUUGUUGGCGCACAGAAGUGUCUCCGCUUCAAACGGAUUUCUUCCAGCCGGGGACAGUCGGAAUACGCGGGGCUUGUUUGUUUGUUUGUUGGUGUCUUUUGCAUCUGCGGGGAAGACACUGAGCUUCAGAGGAUGAGGUGGACGUGCCAGUAUCUGGAGUGAGGAGUGAUUUUUAUUUUUAUUUUUGAUUUUUAUGUUUUGUUUUUCAUUUUUUUUAUUUGGUUUCUGUCAAUGAACAUCUGACAGCUGCAGCGGCGCGCGCACUGGAGACGAAUCUUUCAAUUAAAGCCUCUUUGGAUUUAGUUUGUAUUCCUGACGGAUUCUCUUUUACCCCCCCACCACCACCACCACCCACAAAUAUAUACCCCCGCGUGAAACACCAUCAAGGGGUUCUCUUCACUGAUGUGUGCGAUGUGGAAACUGCAAGUCGCCUUCUUAUGCACUGUGUCGACGCUGCUGUCCCUGUCGUCUGGUGGUGAGAGCAAAGCGCGGAGCUGUAGCGAAGUGAGGCAAGCUUAUAACGCGAAAGGAUUCAGCCUCGACAAUGUACCUCAUCAGGAAAUAUCAGGUGAGCACCUGCGUGUCUGUCCUCAGGGAUACACCUGCUGCACGUCGGAGAUGGAGGACAAACUCAACCUGCAGAGCAAAGCGGAGUUUGAGAACAUAGUCGAUGAGAGCAGCCGCAACAUGAGGACGACGUUCGUUGCCAGGCAUAAAAAGUUUGACGAGUUUUUCUUGGAGCUCCUGGACAAUUCCGAGAAGUCGCUCAACAGCAUGUUCACGCGGACGUACGGGAAGCUGUAUAUGCAGAACUCCGAGGUCUUCCAGGACCUGUUCACCGAGCUGAAGCGCUACUACACGGGCGGGAACGUCAACCUGGAGGAGAUGCUGAACGACUUCUGGUCCAGGCUGCUGGAGCGCAUGUUCCAGCUCCUCAACUCCCAGUACCACUUCACAGACGACUACCUGGAGUGCGUCAGUAAAUACACGGAUCAGCUAAAGCCCUUCGGGGACGUGCCCAGGAAACUCAAGGCCCUGGUCACCCGGGCCUUCAUCGCAGCACGGACGUUCGUCCAGGGCCUGAUGGUGGGUCGGGAAGUCGCCAGCAGAGUCGCUAAGGUGAAUGUCGCUCCAGCGUGUGUCAGAGCUUUAACCAGGAUGCUGUACUGUCCGUACUGCCGCGGCGUGCCUGGCCUGAAACCCUGCCACAACUACUGUCACAACGUCAUGAGAGGCUGUCUCGCCAACCAGGCAGAUCUGGACCCGGAAUGGAACCUUUUCAUUGAUGCCAUGUUACUGGUGGCAAACAGACUGGAGGGACCGUUCAACAUUGAAGCCGUUAUUGAGCCGAUCGACAUCAAGAUCUCUGAGGCCAUCAUGACCAUGCAGGACAACAGCAUGCAAGUGUCAGCCAAGGUUUUUCAAGGAUGUGGCCAACCAAAGCCAGCGGGGAUUGGCAGAUCUGUCCGUGGCAUCUCGGAUGUGUUCAACUCGCGCUUCAGACCCUACACACCUGAAGAGAGGCCAACCACCGCAGCUGGAACAAGCCUGGAUAGACUGAGGGUUGUCUGGAGGACAAUGCAACACAACGUGACUGACAUCAAAGAGAAGCUGAAGGAGUCCAGGAGGUUCUGGUCCAAACUGCCAGAUGACAUCUGCACCAAAGGCAGAUUCACAGAAUCUGAUGAGGAGCAGUGCUGGAACAGCCACGCGAAGGGCAGAUAUUUCCCCGAAGUGGUGAAGGACGGUUUAACCAACCAAGUGAACAACCCAGAGGUGGACGUGGACAUCACGCGGCCCGACACGCUGAUUCGCCAGCAGAUCAUGGCGCUGCGUGUCAUGACCAACAAGCUGAAGAAUGCCUACAAUGGAAAUGACAUCUACUUCCAGGACUCCAGUGACGAGGGCAGCACCUCCGGCAGUGGCAGUGGCUGCCCCGAAGGCUGCACGACGGAGUUCGUUUUUGUCGGAACGGAUCCUCCGGUGAUCGGAGCUGACAGGAGCGAUGAACGCGCAUCAGCAGCCGCCGCCGCCGACAAGUCCUUUUCCCGCGGACCCUCCCUACUGCUGGUGAUGGCCGCCCUCACACUGCCGCUUUGGGCAGUGCAGACUCAAUGGAGAUAAUACACACGUGUGGCCUGAUCACUGACUUUUUUUUAAAUACUGUUCCAUACAGUAUGUUUAACAGCAAGUUCUAGUGCUGUUCCCCUCACUGGACAUGUAGAACCUCCUGGAAACCCGUGGAGAAUGGCUUACUGUAUCAUAGGACGGGAAGUGAGUGCAGCGCUGCAUCCUGCUCGUCUCCCAAAGAAUGCUUGGUGCCAUCGCUGAACCAGCUUUCACAUCUCUGAGAAAGAAAGAAAAAAAAAAAGAAAAGAAAAGAAAAGAAAAGAAAAGAAAAGAAGAUGUAUUGUUCUCUCGUUAUUUUUUAAGUGGAGUUUGAAACGCACGUUCCUCUCCAAGGAAGUGACACAUCUUUGAGAUGGCCCUGUCAGUGGUUUUUAAGAAAAAAAAAAAGGUGAUGUUUUUCUUUUUCUUUGUAGGAUGAAUUUGUCAAAAACAAAGCACCCGUUUUGUCUUAUUAGUCUUCUCCCCCUCAGACAAAAAGGAUGAAGUCUAACUGUGUGCAUGCGUGGAAAUGAUAAGUGACAACGUCUUUUUCUUUUUCCUUUUCUUUGUGUCUGUCUGUUUUAAUGCAGGCCUCGCAGUUGUGGAGCAGGUGGCACAGAAAUGAACAGUGCUAGCAUUUCACCUGGUUUCCCGUUUGGUUAUGUAUCAGUGCAGCGUCAGGAAUCAGCCGUCUUUUCAGCCACUUUAUAGUUGCACAUUUUGAUUAUAUCUCUAAGCAGGUGCUGAUACAGUUAUAUGGCACACAGAGAGAAAACUACUUUGCACAGAUGAUUAUUAUGAUAUUAUUAUUAUUUUGGUUUGCUUCAUAGUUUUUGUUUUUUAUGCUACAGAUAAACAUCCACCCCCCCAUAGAGAGAGAAAAUCUAUAUUUUCAGAUCAUUUAACGGAUUGUACUCGUACGCGUAUAAAAGGUUACAGUACGUAUUUUACUGCAAGGUACUGUAAUCCUAGCUUUCUGGUUUAGUUAAUGGCUAUGUUUUUGUGAAUGAAUUGUUAUUUGACCACCGUAAAAGUAAAAAAAAAAAAGAAAAAAGGAAGGUUUCCACAGCAGCAUCCAAGAUAAUAUUAUUCUGUUACACUUUUCCGCCUAGGUAUUUAACCUACAACCCCAAACUGAUCUCGGAAUACAGUAUAUUAGUAAUUUUAGGCUUUUGCAACUGACAUUUUCCUUUAUUUUCUUGGCUAUCAUGUUUUUACUUGUAGCUAAUUAUGAUUUAUUUGUCUGUGGGUUUCAUUUUCACAUCAUCAGUCAAUCAAUCACCCUUUAUUUACAAAGCGCUUCUCAUGUAAAGUAAUUUCGCUCAACAGGAUAAAACAAAACAACCCCCACACCUCCUGUCUCCCAUCCCCACGACUACAUGAAGUAAUUAAACAAAAUAUGUAAGAAAUCAAAACAAAAGAAACAUAAAUGAGGAAGUAAUUAAGUUCAAUCAUAGAACUCGGUAAUCAGCGAUGAGGGAACACCGGGAAAACAAAAACAGGAGGAAUAAAACACCAGAAAAUAAUAGUAUGACAUUCUUUGGCUUGGAUGACUGAAAAACCUUUUACCUGAGUGCUGAUAAAAAAAUAAUAAUAAUUGUGGAAAGAGUGGAAGGAGGUGAAAGUGUGGGUUUCAAACAAAUAGACAAGGAAGUAAAGGUUAGAGACAUACAGUACAUCUUCAGUUGCCUUCAGGAAAGCUGUUCCGUCAACAUGGACUGUAGUCGUGAAAGGACGCCUCGCGGAGGACGUGUGUUUGUACGUUAAAA